AGUUUCAAAGAGUGGUCGUGAUAGAACCCACUCCUAACUGAACUCGCAAAAUGAAAAACAUGCCGGCAAGCAGAAGCACAUUAUCAAACACCUGGCGGUCUCAGCACCCUCUCUUAUUUAACAAUCUCUUCCGCCGUCUAAAAUGCAAGCUAUAUUUCUCCACGUCAUUCGCUCAUUCAACUAAAGCACCAGCCCGCAUAGUCGGGGAUUGCGCCGAUUUUUUGCCGUGGCUGGAGCUCAAAGCCGGAACAGAGGUAUCUUCCGUCCUAUCCAUCGGAGAAUCCGCGUAUGGAAGGUGUUUGGUUGCUUGUAAGCCUAUAAAAGCUGGGGAUUGUAUGCUAAAGGUCCCAUAUAGUCAGCAAAUGUCCUCAAAUAAGCUUCCUUCUGGAAUCAAUUCCUUGUUAGGGGACCGGGUCAGCAAUGUGGCAAAAGUUGCUUUACUUGUUUUAUAUGAGCAGAAGUUGGGUGAGAAAUCUGAUUGGGCUCCUUACAUUAGGCGUCUUCCACAACCUGCACAGAUGCAUAACACGAUACUCUGGAAGGAUGAUGAGUUAGAUAUGGUUUCUCGAAGUCCAUUAUAUCAGGAAACUCUUUGGCAGAAGAAUAUUGUUGAAACUGAUUUUUUUGUGAUUACAGAGGCUCUAUGCCACUUCUCUCAACUUCAUAUGGCAAUCACAUUAGAGGACUUCAAGUACGCAUAUUCUUUAGUUACUUCUAGAGCAUGGGAAAGCCUCAAUGAUGUAUUUAUGAUUCCCUUUGCAGAUUUCUUAAAUCACGAUGGUCAUUCAGAUUCAUGCGUUUUGAAUGAUGAAGAGGAACAACUCUCAGAGGUGAUUGCUGGUCGUGAUUAUGCUCCUGGUGAUCAGGUCCUAAUAAGUUAUGGAAAGUUCUCAAAUGCGACUCUACUUUUAGAUUUUGGAUUUACAGUCCCUUUUAAUACAUAUGACCAGGUGGAAGUCAAACUAAAUUUGCCUCAGGAAGACCAUCUUUCUUCAAUGAAGUUGAAACUUCUAAGCAGAUACUGCACACGAGCAACAAAGGAUGCCAAUGGAUUCAGUUCUCCUGGAAAUUCCUUCAUACUCAAGGAAGUAAAGUCUGCUCAAGGUAAAGGGAAGGGUAUUCCACAAUCCUUCCGAGCAUAUGCUCGUGUUAUGUGUUCAAAAUCUCCUCAAGAACUAAAUGCAUUGGAAAUGGAAGCUGCGGAAAAUGAUGGUCGCCUGGCUAGGCGUCCACUUAGGGAUAUGUGUAGAGAAGUCGAAGCUCAUAGAUUCCUGCUUAUGAUAAUAAUUGAUUUCAUCAAAAUGUAUGAUACAUCUAUUAAGUCAUUGAAGCGGCUUACUUCUGGGGACAUCGUAAACAAAAGGCAUCUGAUGGCUUAUGACCUCCUCAGUGGUGAGCUUCGUAUCCUAAAAUCAACAGCUGAAUGGCUGCAAAACUAUUGUUUGAAGCUACUGAGCCUUUAAGAACCACUAACCUUAUUCUCCAUGAGGAAACCUGAUCAGUGAUUCUCACACACUACUUUCAUUUUGAAUUCUGGAGAAUUCAAUUCACUUUUUUAGUUUGCUUGGAAAAAAUGUCUUGUAAAUAUAUCCUUUCGUGAUUUGGAAGAUCUUUAUUCCUCUUUUGUUGUUGAAAAAGAGUUAAUUUGUUAGUUGUAAAUCGAUGCAAGUUACAAA